GGCAGGCCUCGGUCGCACUAAGAUGGCGACUCCCAUGCAUCGGCUCAUAGCCCGGAGACAAGCUGAAGCAAACAAGCAACAUGUAAGAUGUCAGAAAUGCUUGGAAUUUGGACAUUGGACAUAUGAAUGCACAGGAAAAAGAAAAUACCUACAUAGGCCUUCAAGAACAGCAGAACUAAAGAAAGCUUUAAAAGAAAAAGAAAACCGAUUGUUAUUACAGCAAAGCAUUGGAGAAACUAAUGUAGAAAGAAAGACCAAGAAAAAAAGGUCUAAGAGUGUAACCAGUUCCAGUAGUAAUAGCAGUGACAGUUCAGCCAGUGAUUCUUCAUCAGAGAGUGAAGAAACGUCUACCUCAUCCUCCUCAGAGGACAGUGACACAGAUGAAAGCUCCUCUAGUUCAUCAACUGCAGCCUCCUCCACAAGUUCCUCCUCCUCCUCUGAUUCAGACUCAGAUUCCAGCUCUUCCAGUAGUAGCAGCACCAGCACAGCUAGCAGCUCGGAGGAUGAACCACCAAAGAAGAAGAAAAAGAAAUAGAAUUUCUCCAUCCAUAUUGGACUGAUGGACUGAAAAAUGUUAAUGUGAUUCUCAAAAGGGAAUUUAGAAUAUGUUAAGGCCGAAUAGGUUAACUGAUCAAAAUUUCUAGAGUUCAAAAGUUUAUAAAUGUUUUACAUUGUUACAGCAUAAAGAGUAUUAAUAAUGGAUUAUACAUAUAAAGACUUUUAUUUUAAGGGUAAAUCUCGUUUUUCUUUUUUGUCUUUAAAAUGUAUCUCUAGAACCUAAUCAAGGCUAAAAUCCAGUAAGUCUGAUUUUGUGAUAAAACUUAUCUUUUCUCCCUGUAGAAUAAAUGUCAUACUUUGUUAUAUGUUAAUGGUAUGUAUCAGAUGUAUUUUCAGGAUAAUGCAUCAGAAUAUCUGGCAAUGAAAUUCUAAUGCUUUUGGCUGUUAUUACACAAGAUUUAAUACAUUGUUACUGUAAGCUUAGGAGUUCUCCUACUGUUAAUAAAUGUGCUCUGUUUUUACAUUUAUGUUCAGAAAGCUAUUCUAACUUUUUGUCCUAAGUAGGUUCAAGGAACCUAUUAAUAUAUUUAUACUUUUUGAAUGCUACAAGUUUCAAGUUGCUGUGUUGUAUCAUUCAUUUUCUUCCGGUUCCUUCAGUUCUUAGAAUUGCUCUUUUCUGAGGAAAGUCAUUCUAGAGAAACCUAAAAAGGGACAAAAAAUCUGAAACUACACAGGAGUCUAAUCUCGGUGCCUUUGAUAAAUUCAAUUUAUCAGAAAAGAAAGCAGCCAUGUAAGAGGCUAACUUAAGUAAAAGUACUAUAAAUAUACUUUGGUUUUAACAUGCUAUAAAGGGUACCUUUCAAAGGGGCAAAAAGGUAGGUGGAAGAGAGAUAAGUUUUACAGAAAAUUAGGGCAAUGUUGGUUGCCUUUUAUUAAAAAGACUUUUUUAAGCUUUCAUAAAGAUUGCCUUUUGCCACUUUUGUAAUUAUAGAAUGACAGUUCAUAUGGUAACUGGUCAUAUAUGACAGUCUACUGCAUACACAUGUAUGACUAGGAUUAAUCUGGUGUGUUUACAUAACAUAUACACAGUUGAAAUCUAGCAUGAAAGGUUAAGAAAGGAAAUACUGCACAACAUUUCUUAAAUGUGAACUACUCAUUGCAGUGAGAUUGUUUGGUUUAGCAUCACAUUAUUCUGUGAUGUCUUUUAAACUUUUUGGAAAGGUAGCAUUUGCAGAAAAAUCUUGAUUUGGGUUAAAUAUAGGUUUUUAAAAUUAUAAAUGUUGUCUUUUUUAUAUUUUUAUGAGAAAGUAGUAAAAAAUUGCUUUUGAAGAAAAUGAGCUUCUGUUUAAAUGGUGAAAUAUAUGUAUAUUGUGUGUUUAAGGAGCCUGUAAUUACCUGUAAGUUUUACAGAACCAUCUGCUUUCACCGAUUGUAAAUAAACAUUCAAAACAUCAUUUCAAAGGCUCCAUACAGAAUGUAACACAUGACAGGUAGAUUUAAUAUAUUACUAAUUAAAGACAUUUUACAAUAUUUGUCAUCUCUAUAAGGGCAAUUUUAGCAGUUAAAGAACUUGGAAGAGAAAAAAUGUAUACACAGAUUGCAUCACUUGCAAUUAAAUAAAACUAACAAUCUGUGCUUAUAAGCUUAAA